GAUUGAUGCGCGCGUCUGUUGCCGCAUGCACUCCUCCAGCGUGUAGCUUUCUUUGAAUAACACUACUGUCAAAAUAUCGAUCUGCAAUGGAGGCCUUGAACCAAAUAUUAUUAGAGUAUCCGCCGCUUGUAGUCGGUAGUGUGGGAGCGACCGCGGUUGCAGCAGGAGGAGCGCUGAUCUACAGAAUUGCAACCAGGAAGAAACCGACUCAUCUUCAAGUGAAUUGUUGGUUCUGCAAUCAGGACACAGUUGUCCCCUAUGGGAACAGAAACUGCUGGGAUUGUCCAUAUUGUGAACAGUAUAAUGGCUUUCAGGAGAAUGGGGACUACAACAAACCCAUUCCUGCUCAGUACAUGGAGCAUCUGAAUCAUGGUGUUUCAGCCGGCGUCCCUGAGACCCCCAAGACUCUGCAGUGGGUCAACUGUCAGAUGCUUUUGUGCAAGAAGUGCAACAACAACCAGACGCUGAAGAUCAAGCAGCUGGCCUCGUUCAUCCCCAGGGAUGAUGAAAACUACGAUGAGGAGAUCGAAGUUUAUAAGCACCACCUCGAACAGACCUACAAGUUGUGCCGACCAUGUCAGACAGCAGUGGAGUAUUACAUCAAACACCAGAACCGGCAGCUGCGGGCACUGCUCUUCAACCACCAGCUCAGACGCACUCGGGACGCGGAUAAAGCCUUCAUUAAGAACACCUACUCUCUCUCCACUCCGGCCUGGUUGAUCUUGCUCAGGAUCCUUGCGUUUCUCGCUUGUGCCUUUUUGGUAGCUGUGGCUUUGUCUGGAUAUGGAGACGAGAGCCCCUCUGUCACGCAGACCUUGAGCGGAGGAGUCGUUCCACCUAAGCGAGUCCUUCAAAAUGAGAAUGAAAGCAAGACUGAUGAGGGCAGCAUGAUGUGGGACGAUCUAAUGGGUCUCCUUCCGGAAAAAGCAGUGGAAAAUGCUCGACUUUUCUGGCAGUCCGGAAGCGACCAUCAAAUGGCUGUGGCCUCUGUUGGACUCCUUACUUGCAUCACAGGUGUCUUAAUGGCAGGACCUGUCAGGUUAAGGAGGAUUGAUGCUGUGGCUUCUGUGCUCUGGCUCCUGGUGAUCUGUUUUUACCUGGCCGAGUGUUACCUGAAGACAGAUGUCCCAAGCUGGCUGGAAAUGGUCAAGUUUGGCAUCACUUCUGUGUGUUGUCUGGUGGGAUUCGCUGCCGCUGUGGCAACACGCAAAUCCACAAGUCAGAGAAGAGCCAGAGGUCGCAGGUAUCUGUCUGGUGGUUCUCCAGGAGAGUUCUUCUGUAAUCAUGGGCCGCUGCUGUCUGCACCUGCGUCUGGAUCCUCCACAUUCGUCCCGACGCCUCCACCCAACCUGUCCCAGCUGCUGAUUCGCCAGCAGAGCCAGCGAACCCGCAAAGCCUCCCCCUCCUCACUGCCUGGCCGGCUCAACCGAGCCCUCUCUCUGGGCACCAUCCCUUCACUCGCACGCGCAGAUUCAGGUUUCCUAUUCAGCGGCAGCAGACCAUCUUCACAGUGUAAAGACUCGCCACCUUCAGACUACUACUCUCUAAAAUCUGGAAGCAGACCCUCUUCUCCUGGACCAUCUCCGACGCCUUCGGUGGCAGGAUCUGUCACUUCCACCUCCAGCUCGGCCAGGCAACGCCGGCCGCUCAUCAGCCCAGCCAGACUCAACAUCAGUGGGCAAAAGCUGCGGCUCUUUUCCUCUCCUCUGGAGCCCUUCAGUUUGGCCUCACCGCCUCCGUUUCUUUCAGAGCACAAUCAUAUGCACAGCAGAGGAUUCUUGCCUGAUGUUCCACACUUUCAUUCACAAAAUCAUGGUUCAGUAAUUGACGAGGGAAGUGUAUUUGAGCAUGUGGAGAAGCGAAUGGGAAGCUCUUCUUCAUCCUCAAACUGCCAUGUAGACACGACUACAGGAAAUAAUGUCGAAAGCAAGCCUGGAUGGAAGGGUUUUUUGGGCCUGACGCUUUGGCCUGGUUUGCUGUUUGCCAGCCUGACUAUUAACCUAACAUUCAUUUGCAUCUAUGUCUACUAUAAUUGGAGAUGAGGACAUAGAUCAGACAACAGGAGUUCAAGCUCAAACUGCGAUGUACACGGGCCCUUGUCGCCUGGUUGCUCAGUGAAUUUGGGCCCUUAAGAGGAAAUACAUGGAGCAUUUUCCUUUGGGUGAUAACUACAACUUUCUACAAUAUUCUUGCUGCUCAACAAUCGCAAAGGAUUGUUUUCUGGCUCACGUAAAUGAGAAGAGUGUUUUCUCUUGAACCUGAGUUCUUUUAAGUAUCACUUGAGCUUUGAAAACAUGUUUUUUGGUGCAUGUUCAGUCCUUUAUUUCUGUUUUUAAACACUGGAUAUGUAUUGGAGCGAACGAUUGUGCUGUUUAAGCUUAACAGAACGAUGUCUGUUGGGCAUGUGAAGCAUCUUUAUGAAAUAUUAAUUUGGCUUCUUUGCCAUAUUGCUGUACAAGCGUUUCUGUUUAUCCUACUACUUCACAGAUAAUGUCAUGGCAUUAUCAGAGUGAUGCGAUAUUAAAUGGUGCAAUAUCUUUUGGGAUUAUGUAAUUUUGACAACAUUGUGACACUGAAAUAUUUGGUU